AUGGACGUCAUUUUUCAAUUCCAAUCUAUCAUUCAAGCGUUUUUGGAACGUAUCAUCAAUCAUCAAGACCCUAUACAACCUCGUAUACUAUUUACUCUUUGUCAACAUUUUAAAAGUAUCAAAACAAAAUUCAACCCAAAUCAAGAUUUUAUUGAUCGAUUGUUUGAAAAAUCGUUAAAAUCAGAUCACCAUUAUACCUUUACAUCUGCAAAAACAUUGAUUAUACGACAACCAUUUCUAUUUAGUACAAGAUUAUCAGAUAGUAUUAUUGGGUUAUUACAUGGACCCGAUAUAAAUCAAGAUACUCUUGAUCUGGUAAUCCAUUAUUUCAUAAGGGUUGAAAAUAGAGCCAUUAAAAAAAAAAAUUUAAAUAUGAUCUCUCAACAAUUAUUGGCACCAGGAUUUAUCAACAAACAUAUGACGAAUCAAUUUAUCAAUGUUUAUUUGUUUGAUUGGAUAUGCCUUGGAACGGUUGGAAAAGGUGCAGUUAUUUAUCUUCCAGCAAUCAUAAAGACAAUCACAUCCUACCCAUUCUACUCCUCCAACCAAGAUCGACUUGUUAGAUUGUGUAACCUAUUCCCAGAGAAUAUACAUUUAUACAAUAAUGUUUUGGUUCCUCGGGCUAUUGGCUUGUACCGCCAGAGUGUCAAUGGCUCAACUCUCUUAUUGAGUAUAUUUUCAAUCUAUUGUCAAUACCACCACAACAAAUCAGAAACAACCAAUCAAUUAUUUGAACAAUUAUUCGAAUUAUUCCUCACGGUUGACGACACAGCUACGCCAGUUAAAAGUUUGAUUAAACAUGCAAAACAGGCAGGCAUUUCACUAAGCAUUGGACAAAAAAAACGAAUCAUUGAUUGGAUUAAAAGUGGAACCGCCCAAACCCAUCAACCCCUUCACCAAUAUAGUCAAAAACAAGCCCUUAGAAAAUACUCUAAACUCAUUUAUCAAUUGGCAUUAUUAGAUUGCGAUGAUGAUGAUAAUUUGGUAGACUAUUAUUUAGAAAUUUCAAUAUAUCAUGUCGAAAAAAUGUUGGACAAUAUUAAAGCCACAUUAAAAAAUGCAUCGAAUUACUUUAAAUUCAUUUUUAUUCUUGACUAA